AUGGCGGAACUUCUCAUGAAUUUCGCGUCAGUGUAAUAAUUGAAAACUGACUACCUAUUUUGAACAGAUUUUCCUAGUUUAUGUAUAGCUGCAUGUCCUUUUAUACGUUCUUGUCAAUGUAUCAUUUAGUGUAACUAUACAAACAAUAACAAAUCAUAAUCAUGAGUGAGACUUCAAGAAACGAGUCAAAUUCUCCUGACUCCCAAAUGCCGGCUCAAGAGGAUGAUGUUAAAUUCCCGCCUUUCCCUGAGCCAAAAGAUGUUGAUUUUGAUGAAGAUAUUCCUGAGGAAGAAAGAAAAUUUUAUACAAAUAAAUUUCAAGAUUUGAAUACAGUUACAAAUCAUAGGAUGCACUGCACAUCUUGUGAUCGUCACCUUGGGUGCUCAGCUAGCAAUGAAGGCAGGAUGCGGAUGCACCCUAUGCUCCGUACUUUAGUGUGUAACACAUGCUUUGCAUUCUACAACAGUGGAGAAUUUGAGAAAGGAGAUGACGGCUCGGAGUUGUAUUGCCGUUGGUGUGGGCAGGGAGGUCAAGUAUAUUGCUGUUCAGAUUGCCCUCAUGUGUUUUGUGCGAAAUGCAUUAAACGCAAUUUGGGUACAUCUAAAAUUAAGGAAAUUGAAAAUACUGAUGACUGGAAGUGUUUCAAGUGUAGCAACAGACCCCUGUGGGACCUUCGUGCGUCGUGCUGGGCUCUGCUGCGUUACUGUGAUUUAAAGAACAGGAUAACUAUGGCUACUCAAGAUCCAAUAUUGAAAGACAAAUACAACACCAGCUGUACUAGAGAUCUAUCAGAAUGCUGUAAGAAUAAGAAGAGAAGAGAGAAGCUUGAUAGCAAAAAAAAGGAAGAGAAGAACAAAGCUGAGAAUAAUGCAAAAACAACAGCUGCAGUUAUAUCCAAAAUACCCCCCACUAUACAGGUGAAGAAGUUCGCAUCAAUCAACGCGGAUGAAAAGACUGAGAAGAAAGCGGCAAAAAGGUCACUAAGUCCCAAGCCAAAAUCCGUAUUCCUUAAAAAUCCGAUAGCUGUAGCCGGUGCUAAACCUUACACCAGUUAUUCACCAAUGUCGAAAAAAAUUAGGAUGUCAACGCCAAAUAUAUUAAGUCCGGUCCGAUUCCCGGGAGAUCGCAAGGUGUUGAACAACACAUCUAUACGCAUCAGGGCCAACAGGCCAACAGUGAUGCCAGUCAUGAAUCCGUUCAAUGGAUACAACAGUGUCCCCUCAUUCAACAAUUUCAUUAAUGAUAACAUUAAUUUAUCUUUGGAGAAUUUGACUCAGGGAUUGGACAUGGCGGCGGCGGCAGCGGCGGCGAUGAAUAACGGCCAGGAGGACGAUGUAGUGUGCACCCCUGAUUUUCCUUUGGAACCACUUUGCGAGGUGACAGAAGACCCGGGCGACGACGACGUGCAGUGCAUGACGCCCAUCCACAACGCGGCGGCGUCCGCCAGCAAGCCGCCGCCGCUCGUGCCGCGCGCCGGCCUGCAGCUGCCCGACCUGUCCGCCGACAACAUCAUCCAGAUGACCGAGCACGACGUCACCGUCAACGCGCAGACCGGCGGCCUCAAGUUCCGCGUCGACCCGCAGACGCUCUCCUCCAACAAGAUGUACCGCCUGCCCGACGGCCGCAUCUUCGCCAUCAACGCCAACCCCAACAUGCCCGGCGGCUACUCCGCCACCAUCGUCGCCGUCACCGAGGCCGCCGCCAAGAGCGCGCCCAAGGGCGCCAUCUACUCCGCCAAGCUCAGCGCCGUGCCGCCCAAGCCCGCUCCCGCGCCGGUGCGCCAGCCCGCCUCCGUGCCCGUGCGCGGCGCCACCGCGCGCAGCUACAACGCGCGCCGCAACACUGUCGCCACCCGCGUCAACCGCGGCACCGAGACCGUCACGCGCGAGUGCGACCUCGAGGUGCCCGUCGAGUGGUACCGCUACAACCUCGUCGACGCCGUCGACGCGCUCGAGUACUCGCUGUCGCGGCUCAACCGGCUCAAGCGGGACGCGACCACGGUGCACCUGCGCUCGCGCACCGUGGGCGAGAUGCGCGGCCUGCACCGCACGCUGGAGCGGCUGCUGCACACGUCGCGCACGCGCUUCGACGAGAUCCGCGACAACCUCAACCGCGGCCUCAAACAGUACCUCGCGCGCAAGGCGGGCGGCGCCGGCGCAGGCGCCGCGCUCAGCGACGACGACGACGACGACGUCGAGAUCCUGCCCGACCCCAACGACAACGACGACCCCAUCUUCAUAGACGAGAACUCGGUCGACUCCAACGCCAACGACACCAGCUCCGUCGACCGCCAGGAGGUCGACCUCACGGGGGCGAUGAGCAACAGCGAGCUCAACGACAGCGGGGACAAGUCCAUCGAGAUGCUGGACGAGAACUACUUGAAGGCGAAUGAGGAAAUGGACGAGAGGUCCAGUGAGAAGAAUGACCCGCCGUCGAAACCCGACGACGUCGACCCCCUCGAGUGCGCCGCGGUCGAUCAGACCGAAGAUAAUGUGUCGGGUGAAAAAGAAGAAGGCUCGCCUAAAGUACCCAAAGACGCGACUUCUCCCGACGACGCGGAGGGUGAUAAACCCCACGAAAACAAUAACAUGUCCAUAGAUGAAGACAAGAAAACUGAAAAUGACAACAAAAAAGACGACGAAACGGACCAUGAUAAGCUAGAAGAAGAUAAAGAUACUAGUGAUGGAAAUAAUGAAAUUAAAAUUAGUAAUGUUAAAAGUGAAUCGGCGCCUGAGGAAACGACAGAGAAUAAACCCGUUAACGGGUCCAAAGACACUACAGAAGAAGAUACUGAGAAAAAAGAUGAAAGUAAUGAAAUUAAAUCACCUGCCACGAAAUCUGAGGACAAGAAGCAAGAUACUGACGACAUAAGAAAUGAAAAUCAAGACAAUGGUGAUAAAAUUCAGGACGCUGAAAUGAGCGAAGAAAUGAUCCAGACUCUUCUCGAAGGCGACGAUGGUGAUAAUGAUGACGACACACAAACAAUGAAUAGUCAAGAAAUAAUAGGCAUGUAACUAGGAGGAUUUUAUAAAUGCGUAAGUUUCUUAAACCUAAAUAAAUUGUAUGUAAGAGAUAAAAAUUUAUUACAUAGCAUAUGUUAAUUUUAGGCAAGGUAAAUAUCAUUCCUAGGCAUUAUUCGUAAACUUCCUUUUUAUAAACUGUAUUCAGUUGUAAUAUGUUUCAGUCACAAUAUGGUUUAGCAGUAUCUGUUUACAAAUGUGUGCAAUUGUGCAUGUUCAGUUGUAUUACUACAUUACCAUAAAAGUGCGAAAAAUAAAUUCCCUGUUCGCACAUGUUUCGUACGACGUGUUUCGUUAUAUACGACCCUUUAACUUUCGACAUCACGUAAUGUAUUAAAUGACACCAUAUCGAGUUGUGUAUAACGUAUAUGCGACUUGGUCUCCCAGUGGUAAUAACAUGAUUUCUAGCGUUUUUCAUUCUAAUUAUCUCUUUGUCAAGUUCCAAUGCCUUUCCGUACGAAUAAAUAAGCCAUUCGAAAAGUAUCCUUCAGUUUAGUUCCAUUUUACAAUGUUAUCUAUGGUAGCUUUGAAUUUAUUUUCCGUUUUGUUCCGAUACUUUUUUUAAAAAUAGCAUAUAAUAUUUCCCACUGCUGGGCAAAGGCCUUCUCUGUUUUCCGCCACUCGUUACGGCUCUGUGCAUGCUCUCGCCAGUCGCCACAAAAUGAGAUAAUCAGAUACUUUUUACUUUUAUAAAAUAUUCAACGACAGGAUAGACGCGACCAUGCAUGAAUGUCUAUCGUUAGAAAGAUGAAAGGUCACACUAUAAUAAUACAGUGAAAGGAACUGCCAAACUGAUAUCCAGUGUUAUUUGUGUAAUAAUUUAUAAUCAUAUAUAUAAAUUAAUUAGGAAUUUGAUUCCGUUUAAGUUAACAUUGUGAAAGCAGGUCAUCAUAUUGUACAAUCAAAGAAAACGCACUUUUUUCUUGAACAUGUAUUUUUAAUUUGAUCUGAGUUGUUGCUUAUAUUUGAGCAUGACAUGUAAAUAUAGGUAGGUAGGUCAAACUUUCAAAAGAUAUAUUUUUCAUUGGCAAUGCAAUUUUGUCGUUUUGAUAAAUAAAUAUUCUGGAGAAAAUAUAUUUUGAGUAUUUUGGAUUUAUUUCAGUCAGUCUUUGUUAUUAACUGUACAAGUAGCUUUUUGCCUUUGGUGUCAUAUUGUGCCUGCAAAGAAUUUCGUACUUUGUUGCCGUUUUGUAUGACCGCACCACUUAUUAGUAGAUGUCUCAACACCUGACAGAUGCUACAUGAACUAAAGAAUUUCUAUAACAGGCGAUAAAACUAUGAAGAAUAAGAUUGUCAUGAGGUCGUGACUAUGAGUCUCCGGUAGACUUUAUUUGUUGUUUUUGCGUUUAACAAUGUUAUUUUUGCUAGCUUUACAUUGAAUUUGUUUUUUGUUUUGUUCAGAUACUUUUUUUAAUUUUAUCGCUUGUAAGGUGCAUUACAAUUGGCCAGAAAUUCCUUUUUUUAAUAGAAGCUCAACCGUUUAUUUAAACAUUUAUUACAUGAAAUUGAGUGAUCUUAAAAAAGUGCUAAGAAAAACUGACUACUGAUACUAGAUGUACUAGGUUGAGCUAGUUCAAUAUGGAUGCAAAUGCCUUACGAAUUAUGUUUGUGAUAAUUUGGUAUUAAUUAAGUUUCUACUUUAAUAAUGUUAUGAGUAAUUGAGUACAUUUCGCAUAUAAAUGUUAGACGUUAAGUUCAUAGUAAUUAAUACCAAUAUUGUAUAUAAUUACAAAAAUAACACAUUCUACCCCAAAACAUUUAUAUGUCCAUGCAAUGUAUUUUUUAUUAUUAGUUUGGGAAUAAAUUAGCUCUCAGUACUUGA